AUGGAAUACUCAUUAAUGCCUGUUGAUUUAAACUUAUAUGAAUAAACAAUCUUGAUUUUUAGAAAGGCUUAUGGCGUCCUCUUUGAAACUGAUUAUUACACAGCAAAGAAACCUGAAUACUUAAAGAAUAGCGUAUUCUUCGAUCGAUUUUGUUUUGACAUCAUCUCUAUGAUGGGGGACAACCUAUUAUACCUUGAUUUUUCAGAUGCUGAAUACAUCCUAAGAAAAAUUUAUCAAAGCACUACUCAUUUUAUGGCUUCUAAUGAUGGAAGUUAAACGAUUAAACUAUUGACUCUUGAAAGCAUAAAAUCUUCAUUCAGCAUGGAUUAGAUGCAAGUAGACUCCAAGACACUUAACAUCAUAGAAAAAGAUAAGCUUAAGUAUGAAGACAUAAUGAAAAAGAUCGGACUCAGAGCUGAAUCAGGUAUAAAUUUAGCUGUUGAGGGAGACAAAAUGGACAGCAGUCAUUUAAAAAGUAACUCAGCUAACCUUAUAGAUCUAUCAAAAAUGUUAUCUUAAAAGAAAAAACAGCAAGAGUAAAAAUAGAAAAAGAUUCAAGAGUUAAUCGAGAAAAAUAAAAACCUAAAAAUAUACAACCCCUUAUUUCGAAAGUAGGAUAUAUUUAGUAAGAGUAAAGAGAUAUAAUAAUACAAAAGUAAGCUGUCCCAAGAGAAGUACUUUCAUAAUGAACCAUUGGUUGAUGAAAGAAAACAUUACAGUUUCUUCAAUAGAAUAAAUAAUUCAACUUAUCAUAAGGAAAAAGUAGCUCUCAAAGGGUCAAGGGAUAUUUUUCUAUCAAAUUACAGUUCUAUUAAUUCCUCUUUUGAUUAUGAUAUCAAAGCACUAAUGAGUCAAGGUUAUGAAUAGAAAGAGUAAAAAAUAGAAAUGAUUGAUCUAAAGACUAUAGAACUCAAGAAAAUGGAUAGUAUGGAGGACUUCAAUAAUUUAUACAGUAAUAACAUUCCAGGUACAGACAUUGACAAAAAGAAGAUCGAGAUCAUUUAGAAAUUAAGUCUCCAAGACUAGUAUCCCUAGUAUUAUCCAAUAAAGUAGCAUCUAUUUGAGAUGACUUUGAAAACUCCAAAUUCUUAUGCAAAUAACUAGGGCUAAAAUGAUAUCUCAAACAACAGCUCUUAGAUAUCACAUAUCAAUGCUAAAAGAAAUUUGAAUAUAUUUGAGAGAAGGAAAAAGUCAACAGUGUCUUUAUAUGAAAAUAAUUAAAGUACCACUUCACAAGAUUAGCUAUUCUCAGAUGCAUCUUAACCUGGUAAACUACCUCAGGUGAAUACUACAAUAAUUAAAAAUGAGUCUAAUUAGUCAGCUAAGUUAAAACAGCAGAAUUAAGCGUAAAAGAGCAAUAAAAGAUCAUUGAAUAAUAGUAGAUUGACAAUCAUAAACUAAUCUCCUGAAGAUGUUAUGAUGAGAAGCGACGCCUUUAAUUCUCCUCAUGUUGAUGGAAGUUUACCUCCAAUCUAUUCUUCAAGGCAAGGAGUACAUGCAGAUAACACCAUACUUCAUUCUAAAAAUGUCUCACCAUUUAAAAUAAAUAACCUUAAACCUGCUGAACUUCAAAAUGACUCUAGCUAGAAAAGUGAUGUCAAGUAAGAUAAAAACCUAAAAGUUAAAAAAUUAAUUAAUAAAACUCGUAAUUAGGCGACUCCUCAUUCGGGCUUUAUCUCAAUAUAGAAUUAAUAGGAUAAGGAAAAAAGUCUUCCUUCCUCAUUAAGAAAUGAAAAUUCAUUUUUUGAUAAGCAAAAGGAACUUCAUUAAUUAUAAUAACCAUUCGUAGUUAAUCCAAUUAAUAUUACUAAAAUUAAGCUUUAGGAAAAAGACUUGAGAAAUGAAAACAAUUUGAAAAAACUUCAAAACAAGCUUUAGCAAAUUAUAAAUGGCAACGGCAGCAAUAUCAAUUUGGAGUCAUAAAAGUAUAUGGAUACUUUCAAAGAAGAAAAGAGAAAUCUUUUUUCUGAAGGUGGCUCUACAAGCGUUAGAUCUCAUUAGAAAAAGAAUCAAGCACCCAUCAGUAUAUUGCCAAUGGAAGACUUCUAACUUGAAUCCUGGAGAUAAGCUCAAUAUUUAACUAAAGAUUCUACUAGGAAAUAUUUUUCUUCAGUAUCCUCAUCAAUAGUCAGAUGA